CUCGCGCCCAUUUCAGUAUUGCUGAUUCUGUCUGUGGGGCUGUAAGAUUCAUUGCCUCUUCUCCGUGGUGAAGGGCAAGAAAAGAAAGGAGGCUAGCUGCUGCUCAAGGGGGCACUUCCGUUUCGCGCGGGGGCAGCCCAACUCGGACGAGGGUUCGCCCGUCAGCAUCCGGGGAGCCUCAGGCCGCGCCGAGCAGCCGUGACAGCAGAAGCCCGCCCAGUCCCCACGAGACAGACGUGCUCAGCAGCGAGAGGUGGCCGCCGUACAUCUGCAGCGCCUCAAUCAGCAGGCCGCCAACAUACACGGAGGAGGCGUUCAUCGCGAGGGAGAGGGCGAGCGGGAAGGCCACCAGGUCGCCCGCCACGCACCGCAGGUUGCCCCACUCUGCGAGCACGACCAGAGCCUCGACGGCGCCGACGCGGAGCACCGGGGGGGCGUCAUCGAAGAGGACGUCAGCCCAAAACCACGCGCAGGGGUGCGUGAGAAGGGAGCCAGCGGCGCACGCCGCGAGCACAAACGCGACGGCCCCGUCGCCGCAAGGCUGCUUCCUGGUGCAGCUGCCGACCGCCCACCAGACCCGCGCCACGGUCAGCUCGAUGACGAGCGUGAGCGCCAACGCCAGCGCCUGUGAGAGCUCCAAGCCUGUCACGGUCUCGGCCAACUGGGCGCCCGCCCACUUGAGCAAAGGCCACAACGGCGACUGCAGAUGCGGCCGCGGCCGCUCUCUGGACCACGCUGCCUCCUCGCCCAGCUGCGUGAAGCAGGAGGACCGGCGCAGUGCGUCGCUCACCUGCAGGCCAUGGUCACAGAGGUAAGGCCCGUCGAAGCCGUUCAGGUGGACCAGAUCGGGCAGCCUCCGGCCCUCGGCGCCCGGCCCGAGACGCGCCGCCGCCGGCACCAGCCGCCCCACGAGCGCCCGCCGGAUGCCGCCGCCGCCCCCGAGCGGCAGGGACCGGUGGGGCGCGUGCCUCGAGAAGAACACGGCGUCGCCCCGCCUUGCGCCGUAGGUGGUGCAGGCCGGGGGGCCGCCCGCGCCCGCGCCCGCUGGCGCGUCGCAGACCUCGAUGCCGCCGGCGCCGCCCUCCGCGGGGGCGUCGUCGAGGGCCAGCCAGAAGCUGAUGCCGGCGACGCCGGCGCCGGUGAAGCAGAGGGGAGCUGAGCGAGUCGUCGUGCAGCGGGUGGCCCGAGGAGCCGGCGCCCAGCUCGUAGUACGCGUCCGCGAGCAGCAGCGGGGGCGGGCCGCCGCCGAGCAGCGGCCCGACCAGGCGGGCGGCGGGCCCGGCGGCCCAGAAGUCGCGCGCCGCCGCGCUGUGCAGGGAGGGCCCGUACCGCACCGCCCGGAACUUCGGGUCCCGCAGGUGCGGCAGCGCCAGCCUGGCCCACAAGGGCGUCGAGAGGCCCGAGAGCUCCGGCAGCAGCAGGCGCUCCACCUGGCCGCCGGGGGGUGGAACACCACACGUUCUGAUGGCUACCAGAGGCCAUGAAAACGUAGCUUAGCUGGAACAUCACACGUUCUUAUGGCCACUGGUGGGCAUAAGAAUGGGUGCUGCGCCAUCUGGGGAGGCCAAAGGACGCGGCGACAUCCGGCGGCGCGCGGAGGGAGGAGGGGGAGGGAGGUAAUACGAUCGCGAGGAUCGGCGACCAAUUCUGGCGGGCGCUCUCCAGCUCUUGGCCCCCAGGAGCU